AUGAAUUAUCCCAAGGAGCUCGCUAUCUGCAACGCAGAGAAUGGCUAUCGAAAUAUUAUUGCAGUCUCGCAUCUGAACAGCCUUCGGCGUAUUCCGUGGGAGAAUGAUGUAGCCUUCUUCCUUGUCAGCUUCUUAGACCCGGACGCACGAGAGCCAGUCUGCGUGUGCCCACGAGGGCUGUUGAAAAAAGUGAUUGCGAAAGCUGAGGUUGCCGGCUAUCCCGCUAUAGUGGGAAGCAUGUUGCAUGGCAAUCCGCCCUCUUCGUCGGAGUGUGAGUUCUCCCAUUUCCCGAUACCGAGCGAUUGUUCAAGCCCGGAACGCGCUGCAUCUGCCAUCACAUCCUUCCUGCAAAACAAUUCCAUUGACUCGCUACCAGCACUAACAGAGGGUAUGUUUGGGUCCUUGAUCACCCAGCCGUUGCACAAUGAGGAUUGUCAUGAUGUCAUUUUAGAUGCCUGUGAGCAGUUCCGCUGUGAUAUUGAGGAAUGGCAUGCGGAGAGCGGUCCCGGUGCUUUCAAAGCUGCAUUGCAGUUUGGUGAGGUCAAGGAUAUGGCGGAUAAGGCUGGCUUAUUCAAACGAUACGUUGUCAAGGCCUUCGGUAUCAAGCAUGGUAUCACACCUUGUUUCAUGGCAAAGCCGCGUCAUGGGCUACCUGGAAAUAGUGGGCACAUGCAUAUUACUCUCGUUACCAUGGAUGGCAAAGAUGCUUUCACUCGCGACACUCCCGAUCCCUCUCCUCCGUACCCAGAUGUGGCACAUUCGUCGGAUCUCGGCCGUCAAUUUCUCGCCGGUUUACUUACAAGCUUACCGGACAUAAUGCCGCUCUUUGCGCCCACUAUGAAUUCCUACAGGCGUCUGGUGGAGGACUUCUGCACUCCUACCACCGUCUCCGGGGUCGCCCACUUUGAAAUCCACGUUCCUGAUGCAGAUGCUAAUCCACACUUUGGGCUUGCCGCAAUCAUAGCCCUCGGCGGGCGUGGCGUAGAGAAGAAGCUCGAAAUUCCUGUGCCACCGUUGUCCAAGGGCGAGAAUAUGAGCGGCGCGAGCAACAAGGGUGUGCGAUUGGCUAAGUCAUUGAAAAAGCAGUCGAACUAG